AUGGUUAAGAUCAAGAUCGGCAUUAACGGUUUCGGAAGAAUUGGGAGGUUGGUCGCUAGAGUCGCGCUUCAGAGCGAUGAUGUGGAGCUCGUCGCCGUCAAUGAUCCGUUCAUCACAACUGACUACAUGAUAUUGUGGUUUGUGUUUAGAAACCCUGAGGAGAUUCCUUGGGUCGAGACUGGAGCUGAGUUAGUUGUGGAGUCGACUGGUGUCUUCAUGGACAAGGACAAGGCUGCUGCUCACUUAAAGGCAGGUGAGAAUUACUGCAUCGCAGGUUGCAUUUCUCCACGAGAUCUUCUUGCAUUGAUGAAGAGGAAUCUAGUUUUGCAAAUCAAGGAAUGA